AUGGAAGAGAGCGAGGAGAGUGAAGAACUGAGUGAAGUGGAGGAGGAGCAUCAUGACAAACCUGGAGAAAAACCUCCGAGUCGCUCAAAGACGAAAAAGACAUUUUUAAAGAAAAGAAAAGCUAAUAAAUCUAUCACCUGCACUCAGUGUGGAAAGAGUUUCACAAAUAAACAUAGUCUUGAGGGUCACAUGAGAGUUCACAACGGCGAGAGGCCGUUCACGUGUGAUCUGUGUGGAAAGAGCUUCACGCAACCAACACAUCUUAAAGUACACAUGAGGAUCCACACCGGAGAAAAGCCACAUACGUGUGAACAGUGUGGGAAGAGUUUCACAUUCAAAUAUCUUCUCAAUGUUCACAUGAUGAUCCACACCGGAGAGAAGCCAUUCGUUUGUGGUCAGUGUGGGAAGAGUUUCACAAAACAAGGAACGAUUAAUGUUCACAUGAGGAUCCACACCGGAGAAAAGCCGUUCGUAUGUGGUCAGUGUGGCAAAACAUUUCAUUGGUCAUCAGACCUGAAGAAACACCUGGCAGUUCAUACGAAGGAGAAGCCACAUUCCUGUUCUGAAUGUGGAAAGAGUUUUUCACAGCGGGGGAGUUUACAUGUACAUCAGAAAACUCACACUGGUAGGAUCCACACUGGAGAGAAACCUCACAAGUGUUCACACUGUGACAAGAGAUUCAGAGAGUCAGGACAUCUGAAAACACAUGAGAGGAUCCACACUGGAGAGAAACCUCACAAGUGUUCAUACUGUGACAAAACAUUCAGUCAGUCAGGACAUCUGAAAACACAUGAGAAGAUCCACAGCAGAGAGAAGCUGCACACAUGUGAUCAGUGCGGAAAGAGUUUCUCUAUUAAAAGUCACCUGAAGAUACACAUGAAGAUCCAUGCAGUGGAGGUACCACACAGCGAUGUUCACAAGUCUUCAUCGCUGGAGUCAGAGUCAAGUCUCGAGUGA